UCCCAGCAAUGAUCACGUCGCACCCCAACACCACCAUGGCCAUUAAGGGACAGGUUAAGGAGCUGAACUGCACAGCGAGGGGGGAAUGGCCUAUCAUCAUCCGUUGGGAGCGUGGUGACACAGUCAUCGACCCAGACCGUAACCCUCGCUACGCCAUCACCACCAGCCCCAACGAGAAGAGUGACGAAGUAUUGUCUACGCUGAAGGUGUCACACAGAUAUACUGUAGACAUAUACACACACAUAAACAUACAGACUGACACACACACACACAUCAGAUACACCAAAUGGAGGAUAUGCGAUCAUAUGAGAUAUGUAUGGAGGUGGCUUUACAUACUGUCCUCUCUCUCUCUCUCUCUCUCUCUCUCUCUCUCUCUCUCUCUCUCUCUCUCUCUCUCUCUCUCUCUCCUCUCUCUCUCUACUCGUCCUCUCUCUCUCUCUCCUCAUCUCCUCUCUAGUCUCUCUCUCGCUCACUGUGUGUGUGUGUGUGUGUGUGUGUGUGUGUGUGUGUGUGUGUAGCUGAAGCCAGCAGAGCGUGGUGACUCGGUCUUCUUCUCCUGCCAUUCCAUAAACUCAUAUGGAGAGGGCCGGGGACUCAUCCAGCUCACUGUUCAAGGUCAGUGGGUUAGACCACAACACAAUCACCCGAUGGAAAUACUUGGGUCACAUUCAUUAGCGCACACUGUAGCAAAGUGUUUUGCAAUGGAAAAUUAAGUUCAGUUAAUCAUCCCUGUUUCAGUCUGUUUUCUUCCGUUUGGUGCCUAGUGAAUAUACCCCUGUAUAACUAUCUGCUUAGUGUGACAUGAAUCUGGAGAGAGAAAAAUUCAGUACAGGAUCACUUUCUUUCACACUAUGCUUAUGUUCCAUUCCCUCUACAUGCUUAGAAUUAUUUUUGCUAUGUAGAACCUAAAGGGUUGUUCGACUGUCCUCAUAGGGGAACCCUUCGAAGAACCCAAUCCUUUUUAGUUCCAGGUAGAAUCAUUUUGGGUUCCAUGUAGAACCCUCUGUAAAAAGGGUUCUACAUGGAACCCAAAAUGAUUCUACCUGGAACUAAAAAGGAUUCUACCUGGAACUAAAAAGGAUUCUACCUGGAACUAAAAAGUGUUCUCCUAAGAGUGUAUCUUUCUCCCUUACACCUUUCUGGCUUCAUUUCUUUCUCUCCCUCUUUCUCUCUCAGAGCCCCCAGACCCUCCAGAGUUGGAGGUGAGGGAGGUGAAGGAUCGGAGUAUGAACCUGCGCUGGACCCAGAGAUUUGAUGGCAACAGCAUCAUCACCAGCUACGACAUCGAGUACAAGAACAAGACUGGUAUGCCAGCGGACAGCGGGGGUUAAACUGGGGAUUAACUAUUAGUUGGUACUGAGAACUAUAACCGACUAAUGCGUCUUCUCUCUUUUGUGUGCACACACCCACACACACACACACACACACGCACACACACACGCAAAUAUGAACACAUGAACCUGCAUACACACAUGCGUGCGAUCUGUCUCUCUUUCUCUCUCACACACACUCAUACAAACACACAUACACACACACACACACACACACAUACAUAUAUAUACACACACACACACACACUCACUCUCUCUCUUACACACACACUCAUAAACACACACAGAUCCGUGGGAGUUGAAGCAUGCCACCCGUAAGAUCUCUCCCACCAAUAACCAGGCUAACAUCGUGGAUCUACACCCUGCCCAAGUCUACAGCAUCCGCAUGUUCUCUUACAACAAGAUUGGACACAGUCAAGCCAGCAAGGAGCUCACCAUCAGCACAGAGGAAGCACGUGAGUCUAACACAACCACACAAACACACACACACGCACACACACGCUACACCCACGCACACACACAAACAGAUAUCGAUGAGAUGAGCUUUGACUGCACUGAAAAAUAUUGACUAUCUCUCUUUUCCUCCCUCCAGAGCCUGAUGGUCCUCCUAUGGAGGUUAUCCUCCAGCCUAUGACCUCACAGAGCAUCCGUGUCACCUGG